CUCCAAGUCGCGCUCCCUGGACGGCACACGCUGCAGUCAUACGAUGCGUUCACCCGGGAGGAGGCUGGGAUCUUGGCACAGGCACGAACAGGUUACACACACCUGCGGGAAUACCUCGCGUGCACUCAUCAAGCGGACAGCGCCACCUGCGAAUGCGAGCGCGGCGUGGAGUCGGUCAACCAUGUCAUUUUGCAUUGUCCGCUGUGGGCCUCCCAGAGAUAG